AUGAUCCCCAAAACAGAGAAAGACAGCCAGAUCAUCGAAAAGGCCAAAAGCCUUCAAGGAGUCUGCUGGGGCGAGGAAUAUGAGAAGAUGAUAUCGGGGGUACUAUAUAGUCCCCUCGCAUCAGAGCUCAUAGAGGGUCGCACCAAAGCGCGCUUCCUAAUGUCCGAGUUCAAUGCUCCUCCUCGACCCGACGUGCCGUUCUCUGAGACCGUGGCUCAGAGGGAGGUGACAUUAAGAAAGUUGUUUGGCCGGGCAGGAAGGGGGAUCUAUAUCGAGCCUCCUCUCUUUGUGGACUACGGCUGUAACAUCAGUGUCGGAGAUGGGUUUUAUGCGAACUUCAAUUUGACCGUCCUGGACUGCGGACUGGUCACUGUUGGAAACAACGUCGAGAUUGGCCCGAAUGUGAACAUCAUCACGGGCGAGCAUGAGACGAAGAUUGAAGCCCGUCGCACACAUCGGGGAAUGGAAUUCACAAGGGAGGUCGUUAUCGGUGACGACUGCUGGAUUGGCGCGAAUGUGACUAUUCUGGCUGGGGUGACCAUUGGAUCAGGGUGCUCCAUCGGUGCUGGCUCGGUGGUCAAGAGAGACAUCCCGCCGUACAGUAUCGCCGUGGGAAGCCCUGCUCGAGUUAUUAGGUCGGCGGUCUGA